ACGACGAUUAUGAUGGCGAGGGCACGAAUGUCGUGUGACUCUUGAUUGUCUCCUGCUAUUUUAAAGUUUCAUGAUGCGCAGAAAAAUAUAAAUUGCACAAAAAUGCACUGGAUUUCUCUAGGCUAUAAAAAUCUGAACCAAGCAUGAAAAUUUGCACAACCUUGCACUUUAUCCUCCCACCCAACCAGGAUAAUUUAACAACCAAUUAUUAUUUUGCAAUGAAAUUUCAGUACGUAUUCUGCUGAAAAGCAUGACAUAUGUACAAAUUUUUCCUGCAAUAAUUUAAUUGCAAGCAACAUUCAUUCCAUGACUUACACUUUAUAGGCCACGUGUGCGUCUGACUUAAAGUUUGUCAUCACUUCAUGAAAUUGUGAUGUCAUAUAAACUAUUUUAUGCGACAUUACUCAAACGUAGCAAUUUUGGAAUUGAAGGACAGACCAUGCAUUUACAGAUAUGUGAUGAUGACGAUGACCCUCACACUCUUCUUGUCGGAAACAAAAUGCGACACUUUGCUGGACAAUAUUUAGCAGCAAUUUGCAAGUUAGUAUGUAUGAAAAUACGUCGUAGAAAAGGUGCGUGUUGCGGACUAAUUAUUGUUUCCUUAUUCUCCGUCGAGUCCAACCCACCGAAUUCUUGCGAGUAAUCUAUCUAACCCAAUUUCCUAAUGGUAAUAAUAAUAUUAUUUCCUUGUGCUCCUAUCGUAUGCACGAUUUUGGUCAGGUUGACGCACUCGGAAUUCGGAUGAUAUGUAAUUCCCCUUGUCAAUAAUGUUGCAUUACUAAAUAUUGCUUGUUAAGCUACCUACGCAUCGCAAAUUGGUCUCCUUUCAGAUCUUCUCCUUGUUUAAUAUUGUGUCGAAAAGUGUUACAUGUCACUUUUACGAACCACUAUUAUUACCGGAUUACUAGUGAUGGCGAGACUUAUCAUUACGGAAGGAGAAGAAUAGGAACUUACCUCAAUGUCAGCCUUCAUCGUGCUCCGAUAAAAAAAGAGCGAAUUGAUACACAUCAGAAGUCUGUCAUUUACUUGUUGCAGUUGUGUUUGCAGUGGGUGAACUUUUCUUCCAAGUCGGUGGAUUUUUUAAUGGGGGAACUUAUCACGAAUAAUUGUAAGAAGUCGUACAUGUGGAAAAAGUUUCAAUUUUCUAAAGGGUUGAGACUCUACCAAAAUGAAAUUAUCCCCAUGACUUGGACCACUUCGGGGGGACGUGGGGGCAAUAAGAGACAAAUUGAAUUAGAAUAUCAUAAUCCACUCCAUUAUUUUAGAAUCUAUCUGAACUUCGGGUACUUUUUUCACUAUCUGCCCUUCAGGUUGAAACGUGUCAAGGGGACAAAGUUUUAUAUGAUCAAGACAAGUCGGUUGCAUAAGGUGGGUAUUUCGAGAUAUGUAAGUGAUUUUUAUAUGUAAUCAUAAAACACCAAUAUUUACAGGUGACUUGUUUCAUAAUUCACAUAAUGUCCGCUAUCCGAUUUUUCAUCUCAAUCCGGAAGAAUCUCCACUCUCACAGGGAGUCAAAUCCCUCACCAGUUUUAUACUUUGAGAUUUGUAGAACGGUCUUAACAGCGACGUACAUGACCGUUUUUAAGUGGACAUUUUGGACAAAGGAAAAAUUAUUCUGCACAAUUGUCAACGACUUGGCUACCAUUCAUUUUUCAGCGGAUGCGCUAACAUAUUGCAGCAAAAGAGUGAGAGUAACCACAUUGGCAACUUGGAUUUGCAUCCUAUAUUCGGUCAUUCCCAUCUGCAACGUGUUCCUGGGAGCGGAAGUUAUUAAUGUGAAGCAUUGGAAGUUUACUCAACUAUUAGAAUCUUACGCGGGGAAGGCGAGAUAUACCUUUUUCGUCCAGGGUACCUCCGACCCCUUUCCGAUUACUGGGUUUGACCUCGCGACCUAUUUCCUCGUCCCGAUUUACGUAGUUAUGAACUUUUUUUACUUUCUGGGAGGUCACUACUUCGAUUUGAGCGUCCUCAUGGGCGCCCUCACUCUGCGUCAUUUGGCAAUGGUGUUUGCUGAUACGGUUCAAAGCCAUUCGGACCCCUAUUUUUCGGCAACAGUUAGUAAAUCAUAUUAAUCUAUUAAUUGAUGUCAUAAAGUAAUUAUG